CUCUCAUCUCAUCUUUUAAUUUCUUGUGUGUCUCUUAAAACAAACAAACAAACAAACAUGGACACCAAAAGCCUACAACCUCGAACAAGAACAACCACCUCUGAUGAUUGCCCGCCAAAGUCGCCGGAGUUUGAGUUCUGGAUGGUCCGAAACCCGUCUUGUCCCCAACCCGACAUCCUGUCCGCCGAUGAACUCUUUGUCGACGGCGUCCUCCUUCCUCUCCACCUUGUCUCUUCGAAAACCCAAAUCCAUAACACCGACACGCAACAAACAUCUACUUCCUCAUCACAGCCGGACCCGCCUCCACCUCCUGAGCCAUCUGCCUCCAUAACCGACUCCUCACCCGCCGCCGCCACGCUCUCUUCUUCCAAGCGCUGGAGAGACAUUUUCAGGAAGAGUAGUGAAAAGAAGAACUCGGAGAACAACAACAGUGCACAAGAGAACGAUAAUGAGAAAGACAAAGCCAAGAAGAAAGACAGGAAAGGCGGCGCCUCCACGGCUUCAGCGGCCGAGCUGAAUAUCAACAUAUGGCCAUUCUCCAGGAGCAGGUCAGCGGGGAACGCAGUGACCCGACCCAAGCUCUUUCCCGGAGCUCCGGCGACCCGCAAGACGAACAGCGCGCCUUGUUCUCGGAGCAAUUCCGCCGGAGAAUCCAAGUCCAGGAAGUGGCCCAGUAGCCCGGGUCGGGGCGGGGUCCAUUUAGGGCGGAGCAGCCCCGUUUGGCAGGUCAGGCGCGGUGGCUCCACUUCCAAGAACACAGAACCACUGUUUCUCAACCACGAAAAGUGGUCGAAAAGAGAAACCUCCACGGUGGGUCGCCGGAGUAAGGUCUCGUCAUCCGGCGGGGAAGGUGGAAAAGCGAGAGUUUUGAACAUAAAUGUUCCGACAUGCAUCGGUUACCGAACCCACUUGAGCUGCAGAAGUGAUGUGAUGAACAGUGCCGUUGGUUCUAACAGUACUGUUCGUCCCAGUAACGGUAACGGUAACAGUAACGGUGCUGACGGUGGUAAUGUUGGUUCUAAGCUUUUCAAUUUGCGCAGCCUCUUCAAGAAAACCCUUCUAACCUCUCACUAGUCAUUUCAUUUUUAGCUGAGCCAAUGUCUAUAAUUAUCUAGUUUAAUUUAACUAAUUGCCUACUAGACGUGUAUAUGGAUUAAAAUUUUAUGGAUAAAUGUAUCACGUGAUAUAAUUUUUACAUUUAUAGU